AUGCCUCUGUCAGAUCUAGACCAGGACAUCACACCUAUCCCCCGUUCGCGGGAGGAGAACCAAGAGAGAGCCUUCAUCGCUGCGUCCCGGCGAAAGGAUCGCAGCUUAGAUGCCCGUUUGGAAUCUGCAAACCGGGCUUCUAUGCUGCAUAAGAAGCGCACGGGCAAAGCCUUCCAUAUCACCAAGGAGAUCGUGGAGAAAGAAGCCAUGUAUGAAGAGGUCGAUGAGCGGUAUCAAGAAAAACGCAUCCUCAUGCUGCAACGCCAAAACGAGCAAAUCGAAGACCAAUUCAAAAACCAUCUACUGGCCGCCUUUGCAGCCCGCGCUCAAUUCAAUGCAUCCUCCAUCCACAGCCGGCGAGCAAGCCACAUGACCCCACGCCCAUCAGUAAAUGGAGUUAAUUGUGGCGGGCCACGCAAGAUGAGCCUGGAUCUUUCCAAUCUCCGCUCUUCCUUCUCCCAGGGUCCAGGAUCUAUGGCAAGCCCAAUGGCAACAGGUGAUGGGUACGUACUAUCGCCCACAGCAUCAUAUGACCCCAGUGCCCAGUCCUACCCGGCGUACAUGAACGGUUCGCAGACGCCAUACUCCGAUAUGUUCUCUGCCUCAACAGGGGCGCCGUCGGGGCAACUUCCGGCCUACAUGCACCAACAAGCCUCAGCACCAGCCUGGAACUCACAAGUACCCGCGUGGGCCGCGAUGCAACAGCACAACCCAACCCCUGCGCAAACCCCCACAGAAACGCACGCCGUGCAAAUGUGGCAGCAGCAAAUGAUGCAGCAGGCCCAGAUGCCUGACUCGGCAACCCAAAUGCAUCAGUUCAGAGAUCGCCUAGCGUCCGCACCGGAGUUGCCUCUGCAGCAUACAGCGGCUCCACCCAUUUCUUCAGCAUCCAUGUCUGGCCCCACCGGCCACGGCCCUACCCAUGGUCACUCGCGCGGCCAGUCCCAGCCAUCGAAUAACUUCCACAAUCUCAACCUCCUUACCCAGAGCACAAGCAUUUCUCACCCCCAGAAGGCCCCAUCCAGUCUAAGCUCUCCUAAGUUCGAGGCCCUCUCGGCCGGCACUCACUCCACGCCGGACUUCUGUCCGACUCCCAGCACCCCGCUGUCUCCAACGUCUGCUACGGUGCAUGCUACCAUGUCACAGGGUGGGAAGGUGGACGGUGAUGGCAUUAUGGUCUCCCAUGAGGGGCUGGACCCUGACUUCACAGAUUUCAGUCAGUUUGCUUUCCACUUGGGUAAUUCGACUGUUCCGCUUUCUGAUCGUGAUCAGCCCUUUGGCUUUGAUGACCUGCUCGCUGUUGAUGAUUUCACCAGCGUCUCUUGUUAA